CACGGCUAGUGCCUGUUGGAUUCAUAAAAUUCAAAAACAGUCCCGAUAAGCAGAAUGGGAGCUAGCAACUCAACAGCAGAUGAUAUUAAUGCUAUGGAGAUCCAUCACUGGUACAGGAAAUUUAUGAAAGAAUGUCCAUCUGGGCAGCUGAGCCUUCAUGAGUUCAAAGGGUUACUUGGCUUGCAAGGAAUGAAUUUUGAAGCAAACAGAUACAUUCACCAAGUGUUCGGUACAUUUGACAUGAACAAGGAUGGAUUUAUUGACUUCUUGGAAUUUAUUGCUGCAAUAAACUUAGUUCUAAGAGGAAAAAUUGAUCAGAAAUUAAAGUGGUAUUUUAAACUGUAUGAUGCAGAUGGAAACGGAUCAAUUGACCGAAAAGAAUUGCUAAGCAUACUAACGGCAGUGCGAGCUAUAAACGGACACCGGGGUAUGAGUCCUGAUGAAUUUACCUCCAUGGUAUUUGAAAAGAUUGAUGUCAAUGGAGAUGGUGAGUUGACUUUGGAAGAAUUUAUUAAUGGAAUAGAAAAAGAUGAGCAGCUUCUGGAAAUUAUUUCAAAAACUUUUGACCUAUCAAAUGUACUGAAAACAAUUCAAAAUGGAAGGAGGCGGAGUAUUCCUUGACAAGAGAUGAUACGUUUUCUGUCUGAAAUUUAUGUUCUCUCUUGGAGGGACACAUUGAAGAGAAGAAGUGCAAGCAUUCUAAUGGCCUUCACUUACUCAGGUUCGGAUAACUACAAACUUACAUAAUGGACUGUCCUAAGAAGACCCAAGGUAUUACUCUGCAACCUAAUCCUUAAAUCUCAUUUAAAUUACU